CUCACCACCUCCGCCCCGCCAACACGCACCCCGCAGUCCAUCCCUCUCCAGGUACAUCAAUUGGUCCGGCACAGUAAUGACUCCCAAAACCACGCACUGGUAGCCCUCCAACCCACCCACACCACGCCAAAAUGCCACCACACCUCCACCCGCGCUCACGAAUGACAACCUCCCUCUUCACCACCACACUCAUGAUAUCCUUCCUCGUGGUCGCCACCCCUCAUUUCCUCCCCUGUCCCGUCGACAACCGGGCGCUUGCCGACUCCGCAGACCCGGAUGCAUUAUCAGGACAGCCACGGCGGCGACGGAGGAAAGUACCAAGAGAGGAAACGUGCAAUGAUGUUAUGAGCGAGGAGCGGCGGAACCAGAAGGAGUUGGGGGAGUGGUCGACGCCGAAGCGGGAAUGUCCUGUGCCGAAACCAGGUGGGCUGAUUGGACAGGUGUUGGGGGUGAGGAAGGAGGAUGAGGGAGAGGAUGGGGAGAUAACACGAGAGGUUAGGAAGGCGAGGUGUAGGGUAAUAUCGAAAGAUGGGGAGGAGACAUGAUGAUGGAUGGUGACGCUGGAUUGAGCUAGGGUCGGCGGGGGUAGAACCAGGCUAGGGAAACUAGGCAAGCAGUAUAGAGGGGGUUCAAUUCCAUGGAGAGAAUUGGAUGUAUCAUAUGUUCGUAAUAGUAGGACAUGAAACAAGAGAAGG